AUGGUCAAUCGAGGGGCUUCGCAAGGCUGCGUCACAUGCAGACACCGCCGCGUCAAGUGUGACGAGAGAAAGCCUUGGUGCAAGGCCUGUCUUCGUCUUGGCAUUGAGUGCACGGGCUAUGAGAAGCGCGGACUAAGAUUCAAGGAUGAGACUGCUCGUUAUGGAGCAAAUUUGGCCGCUGUAACGCACGUCAGCAAACGUAUGAAGCAACCAUCACAUGAGAGGACUAUCGUCCGGCUGCCAUCACAUCACCCGCAAGAUCUUGCUGUACCAUUCUUUCUGACAUAUGUCACCGACGUUGGUCGCAGCCUGGAAUCAACAAGAGGUUUCUUGGAAUUUGUCCGUCCUGCUCUGGCGUCCGAACGACAUGAUUCAGCUUUGAGUACUGCAGUGACAGCUACGUCAAUCAAAAUUUGGUCCAUGAUCGGCAAGCUGCCCCCUUCGAGUCCGUUGCCUUACCAGCUUCUGGUGAAAGCCCUGAAUCGGCUCCACCAAGCGACAGAGGAACCCACGGAGAGAGGUCGUGAUGAGACUGUGCUAUCGGCUCUUGUCCUUCAGAUGCACGACACCUUAUCAGCUGUAUCUGGCCAAGCCAGAGCUCAUGGCGCACAUCGAGAGGGAGCUUUGACUUUGCUGUUACAAAGAGAAGACUGUUUCAAGAAGUCAAAGUACUAUGCGCACCUCGUUGGCAAUCUUCUCCACUCUAGGGUAUCUGUUUCUGUGAGGAACAGAACUCGGCUGCCGACGAAGGAUCUGGACUGGAUUCAGACGGAGGUUGCUCCGAUCUUGCCGAGUAAUCCGAGUUCGUCUCUGGAUAUUAUCGGUGUAUCAAUUGCAGACCUCCAGCAUACGUUCCGUGAUAUGUCGUCCCCAAAAAUAGCCUCUUUUCCUGACGCUAAGCUACGGCAACAAAUUUAUAGUUGGUAUCCACGACGGAUGAGAAGCAGCAUCGAUCUCGAUCCAUCAGUUCCUUCAUACCGCGACGCUUGCGACAUAUACCCAAGCAUACAAGUUGCUAACAUCUGGAAUGCCUGGCGUAUCUACUGUCUCAUUCUCGAGGAUAUCAAGGGCCAACUUGCCAAGUCCUCAGCAGUCUCAGCAGUUCAGCAUUUUGAUGAAGAUAGCAGUAUUUCGGAAUAUGCCGUGUUCUGGACCUCCAAUGAAACCAGAGUCCAAGGGCUUGUUGAUUCUAUAUGCCUCAGCAUCCCAUUCUACCUAGGCAACUGCAACUACCCUACUGAUAUACUCUCAACUGGAAGCUUCGAUAUUAUAUACCCAAGUUAUCAUGAUUUACCUGUCGAUGACGAGGGAUAUCUGAGGUUCAAACAAAGCGAUCAGUGCACGCGAUAA